GUAGAUCGAAGCUUCGUUUUAUCGUUUGAAACGCUCUGCAAUGGCGGCUGGGUUCUUCCGAGCAGAGAUGUUAAUGUUAUCCUCUACGUUGGCGCGCUCAUACUCUAUUCCCUUCCGCAAAACGCUAAUGUCCUUCAACUUUCGAAUUGCAAUGCAAAGAAACCAUUUUUCCAGAAUUCGACGAUCUCGUGUUGCUGCUUUCAGCUCAUCGCCUCCUUCUCAUUCACGAAACUUUCCACUUCCAGGGGUAGAGGAUGUCUUUGUUGGUUAUCUAUUUGGUAGGAAGAAGGCAACGGAAGUAGCUCAUGUUGUGUGGGAGAAGGUAAUCCAAAAGGGAGAUAUGGUUGUUGAUGCUACAUGUGGAAAUGGCAACGAUACUUUAGCAAUGUUGAAGAUGGUUACUGAUGAUUCUGAUGGUUCUGGUGGCUGUGUCUAUGCAUUGGACAUUCAGAAAGAUGCCAUUGAGAGUACUUCUUCUUUGCUAGAUCAAACCCUUGGUUCCAAAGAGAAGGAACGUGUCAAGCUCUUUAACAUCUGUCAUAGUAAGAUGGAAGAAAUUGUUCCUGAAAACUCUAGUGUGAGGAUGGUUGCAUUCAAUCUGGGGUAUCUUCCAGGUGGAAACAAGUCAAUAAUCACUGUCUCGAAUACAACACUGAAGGCACUGGAGGCUGCUGAGAGAGUCUUAAUGCCAGGUGGACUCAUAAGCUUGAUAGUUUACAUUGGUCAUACUGGUGGAAGGGAAGAGUUAGAAGUGGUUGAAGCUUUUGGGUCAAGUUUACCGGUCAGUGAUUGGGUCUGCUGCAAAUUCCAAAUGUUGAACCGGCCGUUAGCACCUGUUCUUGUUUUCAUGUUCAAGAGAGAAAAAUGAUUAUUUUAGAUCUACAAAAGCUUUGUGUGCAUCUACAUUGUAGAUUCUACAUCAUCGGUCACUUGCAUGGUUUGUUCUUAUUAAAGUUGUAACUUAUAACCUCAAGAGUUCUUUUUUGUUAGUAUACGAUAUGAAGCUGC